CUUCUCUACAUUUGUCUUCUUCUUUCUCAUUAAUAUCAAAAACUUGUUUAGUUUUUUAACCAUAAUCAAUUUUUUUUGUGAGAAGAAAACAGAUUGUUGAUCUGUUUUCUUCUUUUUUUAGAAAAAAAAAAUAAGAAAAUUUACACCAACAAAAAUAACAAUGUCUUGGUCAUUGCUUUUUUUCUUGUUUACAUCUUUUGCUUUUUCUCAUGCACAACUUACAUUGGAUUAUUAUGCAAAAACAUGUCCAAAAUUUGAUGAUAUAGUAAGGGACAUAUCACAAAAAAAGCAAAUGGAACACACCGUAACCGCGGCGGCAAUGCUGCGCGUGUUUUUCCACGACUGCGCUGUCGAUGGUUGUGAUGCCUCCGUCCUUAUAAAGUCGAACUCGUUCAACAAAACCGAGCUCGAUCACGACAUGAACCAUUCCCUCGCUGGGGAUGCGUUCGACCUGAUCAGCCGGAUCAAGACCGCCCUCGAGCUCGCCUGCCCCGGGGUCGUGUCCUGCUCGGACAUCUUAGCGGCCGCUACCCGAAACCUCAUUGUUAUAGCCGGUGGGCCCCACUACAAGGUCCCGUUAGGGAGGAAAGACAGCCGAGUUUCCAACCUACCGAACGUCGAAGGUCAGCUCGCCCGCGUGAACGCGUCGGUCGACCUAAUGAUCAAGAAGUUCCAACCCAUGGGCAUUGAUGUCAAGGAGAUGGUUGUGUUGACUGGUGGUGGACACACCAUUGGCUUUGCUCAUUGCAAAGAGUUUGCAAAUAGGAUUUUCCCUAAUGCUGAUCCAACAAUGAACCCAAUAUUAGUUGAAAGAUUAAGAAAAAUGUGUGCAAAUUACACUACCAACAAGGACAUGGCAGCCUUCUUAGAUGUCAUUAGUCCCGGUAAUUUUGACAAUGUAAUUUUCAAGAACAUAAUGAAGGGGAUAAGUGUACUAGGAUCAGACCAAAUAUUGUUCUCUGAUCCUCGAACAAAGCCAUUUGUAGAGCUAUAUGCCAAAGAUCCAGUUGCUUUUGCUAAUGAUUUUGGUAAAGCAAUGGAGAAAGUAAGUGUCUAUCAAGUCAAAAGUGGUGCACAAGGAGAAGUCAGAAAGAGAUGUGAUGCUAUUAAUGAUGCACACCAUUGAAAGAAUUUGAAAUGAGUUAAUGAGUAAUGAGUUUUCUUUUAUGAUUUUUUGUUUUGUUUUUUGAAUAAUGCACACCAUGAUGGGUAGAAUUUUGUGUUGCUAAUGAUAUGAUGAUCAAUGAUAAUAUUGGACAAGAAUGUUAUUAGUA